AGAAGACUCAGCUGGCAGAACUCUUCAUACACACACGUCAUAUUCUGAUUCAGGACAGCUGGUCGACAUGUGACACUUUCAGGAGCACUGCAGAGUGACACAGUGGCACUGACGAACCUCGAAUCAGAACAACCUCACAGCUUACAAUUACCCAGUGAAUGAGCACCAAUGGCUAUGCAAGCAGUUAUUGUGUGUACGUGCAAUAACAGAGUCAGGCAGCCAACUCCCCCAGGAGGAGCCGCUGAAAUCCGAUGUAGAUGAAGGUCAUCUCCCAGUCAGACCUGUUCAACUCGGCUCUCAGCGGAAACCUCGAGCCCUGUGCUGGAUGAAUGGAGAGGAAAACAAUAGACUGCGCUGCUUUUGUGCCCUUUGACAACUACACCUGACUGCUUUUCUAUAGAUCUUGAUCCGGAGAGGGAUCACAGAAUCUUUUUAACUUUUUGAUUUUUAUAAGUGGAAGAUUAAUAAGUGAAUGAAUGUGUUUUGAGUGGAUUUCCAGGGUAAAGGAAAAUAAGAAGGAGGGAGGUGGGGAAAGUGAGCAGAGUUUGGGGUAAUUAGAAGUCAGGUCCGUUGACAGAAGUUGGCCUGAGCUGGCGGUUUGACCGGCCAGAGGUCCUGGUCUGAUUCCCCCGCUGUGGAGGGGAGCUGGGGGCGUGCCAGGACAUUCCGCGUGUCACUUUCUGUACAGCCAGCCCACUUCUCUCUUUUUGCAAUUUCCUUUAAGGAAAAAAAAAAAAGUAGAGAGCUAGAAGGAAGUACUAUUGCUCACUUGCUCCUUUUCCAUUCAGUUCCUUAAAACAGCUCUAGGAAGAAGGACUGUGUGUGUACCUAGCACUGUUCAAACACUACGUUUGAAUUAUUUUUAUGAGGCACCUUUUGAUUUUAUCCCCUCAAAAUGGACUGUCUAAAAAUGCAGCAAGCAGCAGAGCACAACAUGAAAAUGCAUCCCAUGUGGCAGGGACCCCUCGCGGUACCAGGAGGUGAUCGUCAGUCUCCCAUCGACAUUGUUGUGCGAAAGAGCGUCUUCGACUCAGAGCUGAAGCCUCUGGUCACCGAUUACGACCCGCAGACCUGCCAACAAAUCUGGAACAACGGUUACUCCUUUCUGGUUGAGUAUGAUGACACCACAGACAAGUCCACACUGAAAGGGGGCCCCCUGCAAGACAAAUUCAGGCUGUGCCAGUUCCACUUCCACUGGGGUGAGAGCAAUGCCUGGGGGUCAGAGCACACGUUGGACAGGAGGCUGUUCCCUGCAGAGCUCCACCUGGUUCACUGGAACUCUGAUAAGUACAGCUUGUUCGAGGAGGCGGUGAUGGAGGACAACGGAUUGGCUGUUAUCGGAGUCUUUCUUAAGGUGGGAAAGAGACACGAGGGGCUGCAGAAACUGGUGGACGCUCUGCCUGCUAUCAGACACAAGGACAGUGUAGUGGAGUUUACCAGGUUUGACCCUGCCUGUCUGUUACCCACCAACACUGAAGACUACUGGACCUACCAUGGCUCUCUGACCACUCCCCCUCUGACUGAGUCCGUCACCUGGAUCGUUAUGAAGCAGCACAUAGAAGUCAGCCAUGAUCAGCUGGCGGUCUUCCGGAGCCUUCUUUUCACCUCAGCCGAGGAGGAGGCACAGAAGAGCAUGGUGAACAACUUCCGCGUGCAGCAGCCUCUCUGUGGCCGCACCGUGCGCUCUUCCUUCACUCCCUUCCUAAAGGAGGCACCGUCAGCUGAAGGCGACAAGCACCCCCACUGACACUGCUGGACCCAGUGAACACAUCCUCUUACACAGUAACACACACCAUGACCACCGUUACAGACAGUGACCGUACCAAAACAACCUUUACUCUGUGAGCAGCUGUCCAGACUUUUUUUUUUUUUUUUAAACAGAUUUGCUACAUUAAGUAUGACAACGUUUCCUCAGGGUAACUGCAGUUAUACUUAUUGCUUACUAAUAUUUCUUGGUAGUUUCAACUGGGUAGAUUUUUAUUUUCGUUAGAUUUUCCUGAUUCUGGUUUGACCAAAAAAUAACCAAUAAGGGAGGGUUGCUGUGGGGAAAAAGAGUAGUUUUACUGAUUUUAUUAACAUGAAUCAUAUUUAUUAUACGUUUACCAUUCAUUCAGUGACUGUACAUGAGUGCUGCUCUAUACACUGAGCUGCUGAGACGAACUCAGCAGCACUGUGUGCUGGCCACAGUCUGUACCACAGCAGAGUCUGCUCCGACUGUUCUCCAUAUAAGGAGGUUGAAACUGCUGCUAGUUUACAGCUGAAAGCCCUGGAGAUUUUAACAGACUGGUGAUACCAACUUGGGAGUAUCUCUCGAGUAGAAAAUUGUCUAAUUAUCACUGAGGGUUUUAUACCACAGUCUCACUUUUUAAAAUCCUGUAUGGUAGGUUGUUGGGUUCAUCAUUAAUUUGAUCAUUUAUACAUUAAUAAUAUAAUAAUAAUAAUAAUAAUAAUAAUAAUAAUAAUAAUAACAACAACAACAACAACAACAAUAAUAGAAGAAUGUAUGUUUUUAUUUGUUACAAAGAGAUUAUACUGUAUACAGUACAUCUGACAUUCAGAAACCUUUUUUUAUUUUUACAAUAUGUGACACAUCCAACACAUACAGUAGAGUUUUAAAUGAACUCUACUGAGCCUUGGUUCUUCUACGCAGAACUAUUAAAUAUGUUACAAAUACGCACAUGCCAGGUUACAAUAGCACAUACUGAACUAAGCAGUUCUCUUCCAUCACUCCUUUUUACAGUGGUUUCACGUACCAUAACCACAGUGCCUUAAAUGUUCUCUGUGUGAAUCACUGCUAUUUGGCAGAGGUUCCCUCAACACAUCUCCGAGCAUUAACAUCCGUUCCACACUUGUUCCUUUAAGCUAUGGUUCAAGUGCAGUGGUUGCUCACAGUAACAGUCAAGGUUCAGGUGACAUUUACUAUGGUUCUCACCUCAUUUAUCUUUUUUGAAUGAAGUACAAAGUGCUACAGCCACUGAGUUCAGGAACAUGGUGUAAACCUGGAAAUGACUCUCAGGUCUGACUGACUGAAUCAAGUCUAUAUCUGGAGGGAACUGUUGUCUCCAUUAGUCUGUCUGGUUUAGUUAGCUUUCUGUUGUCUCACAUUUGUCUGAUGAAGACAAAGAUUAAUCAAACAUUACUGGACAAAUCAAAUUUGACUGUUUUGGGUGGGAAAGGGUUUAAAGCUGCAGUAGGUAACUUUUACAAGAAUACACCCGACCUGAACAAAAACAACAAAUCAGAGUCAAGAAAGAAUUUCUUGUAAAUGCCAUUAGGAGCACCAGGACGAGCCAGAGGAACCUGAUUUUUUCACAGAUUAUCUGUCUCAUGUAUACCUGUCAGGAUAUAAGUUUCAGAACCUACCUACCUACUUCAGCUUUAAAAAGUUUUUGUUGUAGAGUAAUGUAGAAUCGAUGAACUGGUCUAAACUACUACUUUAUGUUAUUGAAUUCAUUAUUAAGUCAAAACGCACAAAGGAUACUACCAUGGAUAGCUAUGGUAGAUGCAUAUCAUAUUGUCUAAGGGAGCUGGUUAGACAGUGCCACAGUGGGACCAGCUGACUACGAUGGCCUCGUGUAUCACCUCGCCUGUCUAGCAGCGUCUAACAGUUACGUUUAUAUUAUCAGCCUCUGUAACUCAAUACAAACUCCCAGUUAGCCUUUCUGAAAAAAAGCGCCUUCCUGGGGUUUACUUUCCACUACAACAGUUGCAUUAAGAAAUUGAAACCUUUGUGAUUUUAACUUGACCACAGAAAAUACUACCGCUCCAUUGAAGCAUGGUCUCUGCUGUCAGAGAACUUCCAGAGCGUUUCACUCCUCUCUGUCUCUCUGUCCUGCUGUUAUUCCAGACGUGUCCAGGCUAGCCGUGACACCUUGACUUGCCCAUGGACUCGCCUCUUUUGUCGAGCAGCUGUAACGUUCAGCCCGCUAAUGUCUUAUGGGAAAGGGUGUUUGUUGAACGUCGCUAAAAACCAGAGAUAUUAAAUAAACAAGGAUAUUAGGUUGUAUAAUACUGUUGAGAAAGGCUCUGUUCCCAGGCUGGACUUCUACUUAUUAGUGUCUUAACAAAUAUCAGGGUUUUUGAAUGAGGUUUUCUUACUUCUAGAACAGAACCUGGAAGAUCUGGUUACACUUUGGUUCUCUGUUUUAGCUACUCAAGGUACCCUAUCCAGAGCUUUAAAGGCUUCACACUAAGGUUUAUCAAGCUGUGCCCUGUGUGUUUUUCCACUUAAUCCAAAAAGCAGACACAGUGCAGAUGAGGAUUUUGUAAUAAAGACCAAGUUUACGCAACCUUGCAUUGUGUAAAGAAGUCUGACAAUCCAGCCUGCCUGCUUUGGCUCAUGUCCAACAGUUGCGAUGCACCAGGUGAAUCUUACUAUGCAGUAUUAUAAGAAAGGGAAUGAGAGGUUUGAAGAAAAGAUGGGGAAGAGAGAGAAAGUUAGAAGGGGAAUAAAGUUCUGAUUCAGACAGAGAACAUAAAUAGAUCUGCAGAGUUUCUCUAAUCAGUCUCAUUUUUCAUCUUUUCAUGAGGAGAGGAAACUAUAAUUGCACUACAAAUCAGAAAGACCACAUCAAAGGAAGUGGCCACUAACAUCCACAUGUGAAAGUUUCCUCCAUUGACAUACAGUUGAGUUGAGAGGUCACGCUCGUCUGUAUAAUCUCUGAGUAACAAUGCAACUGUCCAAACUGGCCCUCCACCAAGUUCCUCCCCUCCUGCAUCGGGCAUACACACCCUGCUCCCCAGUGGGUCCUCCACUGGCUCCCCAGCAUGAGGCCGACGGCUGAAUAGACUAACUGGAUAUGUAGUGAAAAGAUUUGACGCUGUGUGGUGUUAACUCGUUGUGAAGGCUGCUGAUUUUCUAGAUAAACGCUCAAGUGGCCACAGGGGUGGUUGAUAGCAGGUUAUUUUAUGUUUUUAUUUUUUUGUUAAGCAAAAAGGAGUUUAGAGUGUCCUUGGUGUGGAGUUUGAUGGUGAUGCAUCAAGAACACUUUUAGGAAUGUUUUCCUUCUUUACAAAUGAUGCAAUACAGAAUCUAUGUUCAAUGUAUUCUACUAACACAGAGACAAGGGACCCAGUACUGCCUUCAUCCUGUACAGAUGUAUUUUAUAGAUGUAUUUGAAUUGUGCACCAUGGUUUGCCUUCAUGUUUCAUGGCAUUUUACUGGCGUUAACUUACUUUUUAUGCCUUUUUUUUUUGUUUUUUAAACUUUGAAUGCAAUGAAUAUCAAGAUAUUUGAAUGGAAAAUAUUUUUUCUGUCAAAGCUGGAGUCAGUGAUACGAUGUCAGAAAUCAAGAUGAUUUUUUUUUAUUGAUGGUUGGAUUGACUCGUCCUCCAGUUGAGCAACCCUCGGUCAGAACCGUGGUCAGCUUUGUUCUUUCCUGUUCUCAGAUAUGUUUUGUGCUAGGCUAAUCUAUGUUGGAAAGACAACUAAAUUGUGAAGCUGGAAAAAUAAUGACAUAUAUACAGUCACUACUUAUGUUAGCUAAUGUUAGCAAUACGCUGGCAGUAUAUUGGCCUAACCCUAACUAACAAUUGAUGGAAAUUGGAUUGAUGUUAGUUAGCCAGUGUUUUACUAACAUUAGCUUUCAGAUGUAACUACCCAGCUAAGGAUUGAUGCAGAUUAGCUAUUGUUGGGGCACAGACCAAACAGGGGCGGGCCUUAGGAAGGGUCAGUUGAGGAUGAUAUGUGAUGUUUUCUCACAUCACAGUUGCAUCUCACUGUUCCAUUAUCUCUUUUUUUCCCCCAUCUUCUCCUGACUUGUAUCGCUGCCUUUCUAAACAUAGCAUUACAGAGUGCUGUCAUCAUGCUGCAUUUUCUUCAUGACAUGAUUCUCUUGGUACAUCUUUCCUUGCCUCCUGUAGCUCGGUGUGAUGUUUUAGGUGUAUGUUAUGUAUGUUGUACACUGUAUGCAGUACAUAUUUUAUCUGUUUAUUUGUCCAGUGGGCAGCAAACAUUCCUGCCCUGCAGGGCUUCACAAGGCCCCUCUCCUCUCCCAGUAUGCACUGCUCCACCUGGAUUGAUGGGGAGAAUGUUAAAAAACCACCCAACUGUGUCACAUGAUACAGAUGUAAAGAUGAUUUUAAAGAAACUGAUGUAAUAAUAGAUUAUGUAUAACAAUAAAGUAAUGCAUGAUGUAAAAA